AUGACGAUUCUUAAUAUAACGCGAUACAAUAAUUUUGAAGAUUAUAAUUCACUCGAAAGCCAACGACAGCGAAAACUUUAUUUAUCAUCAAUAGUUGAGAAAUUUAUACGAAAAAUUCCAAAAACGUUGAACGAACUCGAAAUAAAAAUACAACAACAAAAAGAUAAAAUAAAAUAUUUAACAAUCAGAAGAAAAUCUUUGGAAUCGGAGCAGAAGAGGUUUUAUGUAGUAACGAAAAAUGAGAAGAAACAUUUUAAUAAAAAAUUAAAAAAUCUUAAAAAUCAAAUUUUUGUAGAGAAAUAUUUAUUUCAAUUAUUAAAAGAUAAAGAAAAAAAAGAACUGGAAAAACAGAAACCAUCCUUUGAUUUUGAAUUGGAAGAAUCUGAUAUUCAUUUUUAA